AUGGCGCAGCAGAUACUAGAAAACGAAUCAGCUUCUGAAAUAAAUCUUUUAGAUCAAAAUAGACCAAGCUGGAAGCCUUUUCUUUCAUGUGAAGAAUUACGAAAUUUUUUCACUUCAAAAAAUAUAGAAAUUUUAUAUCAAGGAAUAAGUAGAUUUCGACAACAAUUAAAUGGUGUAAAAAAGAAAAAUCUUGCAGUUAAUGGAUCAACAGUUAAUGAUCCUUUAUCAAUAGUCUACGAAUAUUUGCAAAGCUCAUCAGAAUGUCAAGAGCUAUUUCGAAUCUGGGAUCUGCAGAUAGAAAAUAAUAUCACAAAACUUGAGGUCCCUAUACCAGAUUUGUUUGCCAAGAUUAUUCAAUAUACUACAAAAACACCUUCAUUAAAAUCCACUGGAACGAUAAUUAUUCGUAAUGUUUUGAGAAAUUAUAUGAAAGUGAUUAUUCGAAAUUUGUCAUCUGAUCGAUAUCCUUUAUGUCAAGCGACUCUAAGGUUAUUGAUAAUGAUGAAUUCUCAUGAUAUCACAACAACAAGGGAAUUACAGGAAUCUUUUCCUUAUGGCGCUUGGUAA